UUUACGUUAAGUGAUUGGCAGGACACUAGAAUAUGAGGAAUACAUAUUCUCCAAACGUCAACAUCCAAAAUAAAUUUUUAUAAAAAUUAGUAGUGAAAUAUUUUUGUAUCUUUUAUCCUCAUCCUGUGAUUAACAUUUUUAAAACUUUUUCUUGGUAAAAUGGUAACGACAAACAUUUUAUUCACGAUGAAAUAGAUUUAAAAGCAAAAUAGGGAGACGAAAAGGUACAAUGACCCGACCACCAAAUGAAAAUCUCCCGACAGUUAAGCUAGUUGUUGUGGGAGAUGGGGGUGUCGGGAAAAGUGCAAUAACGAUACAAUUUUUUCAAAAAUUGUUCGUUACUGACUACGAUCCGACUAUAGAAGACAGUUAUAUACAACAUACCGAGGUCGAUGGACAAUGGUGUAUAUUGGAUGUUUUGGAUACUGCAGGGCAAGAGGAAUUCAGUGCUAUGCGAGAACAAUAUAUGAGGAAAGGGGAUGGAUUUUUGUUAGUAUAUUCGGUAACAGACAAACAGAGCUAUGAAAAUAUUACGAAUUUCCAUACGCAAAUUUUACGGGUGAAAGACAGGGAUGUGUACCCAAUGUUGCUCGUUGCAAACAAAGUGGAUUUGGUACAUUUACGUAAAGUAACCGAGGAAAUGGGUCGUGAAUUAGCUCAUAAAUUGGGUAUUCCUUAUAUUGAAACAAGUGCCAAAGAUCCUCCAUUGAACAUCGAUGCAACUUUUCAUGAAGUUGUUCGUAUUAUACGUAAUCAACCACCGGCCGAACUGGAAAAACGAAAAAAGAAGAAAAUUAAAUGUGUCAUAUUAUAAUUUUAUUUUUAUUUCGCUAUGUUUGUAAUUUAUUUUAACUUCAGCUACGAUUGAAAAUUUUGUGACAAAAGAAAAAAAGAAGUACGAUACACCAGAAUAUGGUGAAAUUAUUUAAAGGGACAAACAAUCUCUUUAAAUUAUCUUCACGCUCGUGUUUUAGAAAUUUUAACUUGAUGUUUGAUAUUAACAACGCUUUUUAUAUGAAAUUUUUUUUAUUUUUGUUAAGUUUCGAAUUGUUAUUGUAUUUUAACUAUAAGGAUAUUGUUUUGCUCACCGUAAAAUAAUGCGAGGUUACUUCAAUACGAGAUCUCCAAAUUUUA